AUGAAGUCCAACAUAGAACAACAGAAACAAGCCCAAAAAAUGAUCGAUAAUUCUGUGAAGAGAUUUCAACCAGCCAAGGUAGGGGAAACUGUGAUGGUUCCUGUUCCAUUAGUUGACCGCGGACGUGCAGAGUUUCCUAAUGUGAAGGCAGUUGUUUUUCAGGCAUUGGACAAUGGCACAUAUAAGCUUGGUACAAAACAUGGCCUGCUUAAACAAGUGUACACUCGCAACCAAUUUACUCCAUGUCUAGAAAAAUUCCUUUCUCUUGAUGAUGUUGUACAGGAGCGGGAAGUAAGUCUGCGGGAAGUAGCAAUUGCAGAAUCAAUGGGACAAGGUUUAAAGUUCAUUGUGACACAAAGCAAUUUGUAUGCAACACAACAAAAUGUAAACAAGCCUCUGAAGCUGGAUAAAGAUGAGUUGGAACAAUUUCUAGGGACUGUCUUUCUUAUGUCCUUGUUCAAAAUAUCUAACACUAGGCUUUAUUGGAGUGGGGUGCUGGAAUUCGAUUCCGUAUCCAAAGUUUUCAGUAGAAGGCGAUGGGAAGAAAUAAAAAGCUCUCUACAUUUCAAUGACAACACUCAGGCACCUGACAGAACUGGUCCCAAUGCUGACAGGCUUUUCAAGGUUCGCCCACUACUUGACCAUUUGCAAUCAAAAUUUCGCAGCAUCCCAAUGCAACAAAUGUGCUGCAUUGAUGAAAUGAUUGUUCCCUUCAAAGGAAAUUCUUACCUAAAGCAGUACAUCCCAUCCAAACCACACAAAUGGGGUUUCAAGGUAUUUGCUUUGUGUGAUACCUCUGGGAUCUUGAAUGACUUCCAUGUUUAUGAUGGGCCCCUAAAGCCAGUCCAAGGUGAACCGGAUCUGGGUCCAUCAUCCAAUAUAGUUCUGCAGUUGGCGCGCACAAUCCCAGUAAAUGCAAACCAUUUGUUAUACCAUGACAAUUGGUUCACAUCUCCUAAACUAAUGGCUCAUUUAGCAACGAAGCAGAUCUACUCUCUGGGUACUGUGAGACAAAACAGACUGAAAGGGAUAGGAAAUGUUCUGCCUACAGAUAAGGAAAUGUUGAAAAAGCAAAGGGGGUCUCAUGUAGAGGUAAGCACAACUUAUGAUGGAGUAGAGUUACGUGCAAUGAAAUGGGUAGACAAUCGUUGUGUGACUCUCCUCACAAGCUUUUCAUCUGCUCAACCUUUGGGAACAUGUAAGAGGUAUGACAAGAAAAGGAAGGAGAUUGUUGAAAUUCCUUGCCCCAAAAUAGUCAAAACCUAUAAUGAGGAAAUGGGAGGGGUUGAUCUUCUGGAUUCGUUGAUUGCCUUAUAUAGAAUCCACAUAAGGUCUCACAAGUACUACCAUAAACUUGUUUUCCACUUUCUUGAUGUCACAAUAGUAAAUUCAUGGCUUCUCUACAGGAGGGAUGCUAGUGCAAUAGGGGUGUCAAAAAAAUCGCAACUUCAGUUGCAGGCAUUCAAGUUGAAGGUGGCAUAUUCUCUCCUACGCCAAAACAAAGACCCCCUGAAAAGACCCGGUGUGGGAAGACCACGCUCCAGCAGUCUUGAGACAGAGCACGAGGAAAAAAAAAAGAGAGGUCAUGCAACAAAACCAAUUCCAAGUGUUGACAUCACAAAAGAUGGAAUUGGCCACUGGCCCAAGAUUGUUGAGACGAAGGAAAGACCUCGUUGCAAGCUACCAAAUUGUUAA